AACACGCUCACAAUAUUACUUCCGGUUUGAAAAUUUGAUUGUUUUUUGCUCACUCGUCACUGGAUUCAUAUUAAACAUUAAUUUGUUCUAACAUUUAAGUUACAAUAUAACAGUAAACAUGCCUAAAGGUGUUGGUCGAAAAGUCCGUUCGAAGCAUAGUUAUAGAUAUAAUGUUAACCGAAGACAGGAAAAUAAGAAAAGGAAAAAAGUGCCCAGUAUUGAUUGUGCUUUGAUAAAGAAAUUCUGGAACAAGGGUAAAUCUUCACAAAGCAACUUUGAAGACAUGGGACUUUGUUUUAAUCCUAAUAAAACACUGCCUAUUCCAAGUGUAAAGGAUAUCAUGGGUUAUCGAAGCCUUGAAGCUGAAACGAUGGAAGUGGAUAAAACAAAGAAACCUCCUAGAAAAGAUUUUGUUGUAAAAGGUUUAGAAGAAGAAGCAAAUAGUGCAGGAAAACGGCCAAAAUCCAUGGCAGAAGAAGACGUCAAAUACUGUAUACUAAUGAUGGAAAAAUAUGGGGAAGACUAUGAAAAAAUGGCAAGAGAUUACAGGAACUAUUAUCAAGAUACACCAAAUCAAAUUAAGAAAAAGAUAAACAAAUUUAAAAAUAUGGAAAAGCAAUAUAAAAAAUAUUUAGCAUCAAGGAAUUCAGAGAAAGCAACGACAGAAAUAGACACAGCAACAAAAACAGAAAUGGAAAUAGAGACAGAAGCUCAAUCUUAAAUGAUGUACAAAUAAAAAAAGUAAUAAUUGC